GCCGAGGUGGGCGGGUGCCGACGGCGCAGCAAUCGCAGCCAUGGAUGAGAGUGCUCUGGCCACCAAGGUGGCCUGCCUGGUGUUGUUUGCCGUCGUGACGAUGUGCUGCGGCCUCCUGCCGCUGGUGCUCUCGAAGCUGACGAGGUCCUGGGCGAAGAAGUUCGAGCCGGGGCGUGUGCUGCUCUGGGUGCGCAGUCACUCGGAGCUGAUCGUGUCGCUGGUGAUGUGCCUCGGCGCCGGCGUGCUGCUCGCCACCAUCUUCACGCACAUGAUCCCCGAGAUCCGAGAGCAGUUUGAGGCGAUCGAGGCGGCCGGAGCGCUGCCCAAGUUCGGCCUGCCGCCCGGAGAGCUCUUCCUCUGCGCCGGCUUCUUCAUGGUCUUCUUCGUCGAGCAGAUGGUGCACGCGCUGUUGACGCGCGGCCAUCGCCGCAAGCGCCGCCGCAAGGUGCACCGCGCCGCCGAGGCGGGCGUGGGCGCCAAGAACGCCGAAGGCGACGAAGCCGAUGCGGAGGAGGGCGAGGCGCACCCGGCCGGCGCGCACGACCACGGGCUGCACCUCGUCGCCACGCAGCAUGCUCUGCGCGCCUACCUGACUGUCGUGGCGCUCUCUGUGCACUCGGUGUUCGAGGGGUUCGCUGUGGCGUUCGGCGUGACGCCGCGCGAGGUGUGGGUGCUUUUUGCCGCCAUCAUGGCACACAAGGUGAUCGUAGCCUUCUGCAUCGGCGAGCAGCUGCUGGCCACCAAGCGCUCGGCGUGCUUCAUCAUCACCAACAUGGCCAUCUUUGCGCUGGCCACGCCGCUCGGGGUGCUGCUCGGAAUCGUCGUGAGCCAACCCGAUAACCCGGGGAGCUUACUCGCCACGGGGAUACUCCAGGGCCUGGCAGCUGGCACCAUCCUGUACGUGAUCUUCUUCGAGCUCCUCGGGCCUGAACAGCAGAAGCCAGGCUCUGGCCUGCUCAAGUUCUUCGUGGUGCUGGCCGGUUUUGUCGUGAUGCUGGUGAUACAUAGCAGUGGCGGAGGACACUCUCACGCUCACGGAGGGCACUCCCACGGCCACGGAGGCCACUCUCACUCCCCUGAUCUGCACUCACACACUGCGGGCGCGCACUCACAUUCGCACGAAUCGCAUCCACACGGUCAUCAUGAUCACGACCACGGCGAUGGCUCGGACACUCACGAUGACCUUAUGAGGCGAGUAGAUGAGUCGCUUCACUCACACGACCCAGAUCAUGCCGGCCACUCUCAUCACACGGGUCACGAUGACUCCGGUCACGACCAUCGCCCCAAUGGUCAUGAUCACUCUAGCGACAGCAAUCACUCUAACAUUCAUGAUCAUCCUGGUCACUCAGAUCACAAUGAUCAUUUCGGUCAUGUUCAUGACCAUGACAGUGGACACUCUGAUCCUGGCAAGCACCACAAUCGCUCAGGACACCCUGACCACCAUGGCGACGCUGAUCAUACUGCCCACCAUGAUCACACCGGUCACUCUGAUCACACUGAUCAUUCAGGUCGCUCUGAUCAUGCUGACCAUUCCGGUCACCCUCAUCACGCUGAUCAUCCAGAUCACCAUGAUCACACUGAUCAUACCGGUCACUCUGACCACACGGAUCAUCCAGGCCACUCUGAUCGUAAUGACCAUCCCGGUCACUCUCAUCACACUGAUCAUCCAGGUCACUCUGAUCACACUGAUCAUCCAGGUCACUCUCAUCACACUGAUCAUUCAGGUCACCCUGAUCAUUCUGACCAUCCCGGUCACUCUCAUCACACUGAUCAUCCAGGUCACCCUGAUCACACCGAUCAUCCCGGUCACUCUAAUCAGACUGAUCAUUCCGGCCACUCUGAUCACACUGAACAUUCUAAGCCCCACGACCAUUCAGGACAUCGUGAUCUCCCCGGCAACACUGAUGAUGCUGAUCAGUCCCACUCUGACCAUUCCGACCAUCAUGAUCACACCCACGACUCCCACAGCACAGCUGCCUCCAACCACGAGUCCGACCACUUGGUCGCAGAACAAGGGCAGGGUACGGCCAACGCCACCCUGGUGGAGUAUGAGGUCGUCCAGCACGAUAACAUCUCCGCCAUCCCGGACGGGACCGGGGUGAACAUCAAGACGGUGCCAAGAGAGCUUGAAGGAGCUCGCGAGCCCUCGAGUCACCAACUCACUCGACUUGAAGUCGGCAACCCCGAAGAGAAGCUGGGAGAUCACGGCGGUCCCGCCCCCACUCCUGAUCAGCAGAACCACAGCACCGGCAACGGUAGUCAGCUGGAGGAGCUUCAUCAUCACCAUGACGAUGGUCACGAUCAUCGUGGACGCGCCGCACAUGACCAUCACAACCCGACCGGCGGCGACGGCAACCACGCAGAACUUGACGCGACUCAGGCCGAACGUUCUCAACCUGACCAACGCGGAGGCGAUGCGCUCAAAGACGUCAACCAUGACGUUGUUGAACCCAAUGAUGAUCUUGCUGAUGCAAAUGACAAACGCAUAGCGCGUGGAAACUACCAGCGCGGUUUGAAUGUGAAAGACGUGGAGUCUCACACCGAGGGACCCACAAGUGAAGUGCAUGGUAAUGAUACCAGGCAAGACACGCAAAUUCAAGACGGCGCCUAACGUGAGCAUAUCAUGGUCGCCAAAAUCAAGCGCAAGGCAGACGCGAGCAUAGACGGAUGGCCUUGGACUUGCACGGAAGGGACUCGGCCUAGGGCUUAGAGUCACGAUACAACGGCUGUGGGUGAAGUCGGUCACGAAAAAAGCAGCCAUGCGCGGGUGGAACAUGGCGUGGUCAAGAGUCGUGACUUGCCCAAUGCAGCUGCUGUGCUGUGUUUUCCUUCGAUACAGUUUGUACUGUCGCGUGGCGAAGUUCGCGAUGUUCCCAUUAUGCUUUAGGGUAACGUAUCCUUGAACAACACGCACAGCAAGCAUGCUGUUCAAAUUAAAUUUUCCCCACACCGUAACCGGCUGAUUUGAUUUCCCUCGAGCCUUUGCCCAUGGUUCGCGUACAAUGGGCAUGCAUUCAGGAAUGAACGUUGGUAGGCCUUAUAGACAGGGAGAUCUCUUGAGUUGUUUUAUAUACUUUCAUAGUGAUAACAUGCUGUUAAUAUAGCCGUGCUGCAUCACAGCAUUAAGGUACACGGGUAAGGGGUAUGAAAUAGACGCAGGCCUAUUAUACAGUGUAACCCUGCUAGUGCAAGCAGGUAUGCGAUACUUCUCGGCGGAUUUGGGAUUCGCAAAAUGUUUCGACCUGAAGCCGGACAAAACCAAAGUAAAAACUUUUUGGGCUGGUGUUGAUGUGUUCAUGCCGAAGAAAAGCGGACAAUUUGCGCACGUUUUAAUUUGAAAUGAAUGGAAAGGUUCAAUGGUCCAGGGAUACCUGUUAAGAAUGCUGAUGUCAGUGUCUCUGCAGGCAACUGUAAGUCUUCGUUCAUAAAGUGAAGACCAUGCUCCGGAGGUGGAUUCUUGAAGAUCUACGAUUGAGAGCAAAAAUUAGUAAUGCAAUCGCUCAUUCCAUUAAUAUGUUUGGACUUACUGACAUCACUGCUGGUGCCGUGCGAGCCCUUCGCUAGAGACUACAAGCGUGAUUCUGUUCUGCUUUUGAGGUGGUAAGAUUUAUAGGACAAAUACAUAUAUAUAACAUA